AUGAUCUUUUCAGAACAAAUUUUUGUAUACUCUUGUCAGCAUGUUGCUUAGCAGCGAUUUAUCUCCUCAUUCAAUCCAACUCUCAUCUGUCCUCUUCAAAAAUACUCUACUCAACCCCACAAAGAUCCUGAGACAAGAUUUCACAUUAAGGAGGCUUUAUUCUCAAUGAUUAAGGAUCAAAGAGAGAUGCACGUCAUCAAGGCAGGUGCAACUUGUGUAGCAGCCAUUGCAGUACUUGAGAUCCCAGCUAACAUGUGGCCAGAAUUGAUACCCUAACUACAAAAUAUGGCUUAGUCUCAGGAAUUAUUGGAAAGAUUAGGCUCUUUAAUGACUCUUGGAUUUAUCUGCGAAGAUAUCGACCCCUAAGAUAUCAACCCCGAUCAGAUGAACUUUAUCUUUGGAGCUCUGCUCGAAAACGUUAUCCCAGAGGAAAGACAACUUACUGCCAUUUCAAUGAAGGCUUUCUCGAGAGCUGCUCAUCUGACAUACAGAAAUUUCAGCAGUGAAUAGCACAGAGCAUUCAUUAUGGAUAAGAUAUUCUUGGCAUCGACAGUGCAAGAUGAAGACAUAUUGCAAUCAACAAUGGAAGCUCUUAAUGAGAUUGCUAGAGAAAGCUAUGAUUUCAUUGGAGAGUAUAUUGAGAAAAUUGGAGAAUUAACAGCUAACUUAAUCAAUUCUGAAUUUGAUCUCGCUUCUAAAUUGGCCAUUGAAAUCUGGUCUACUAUUGCUGAGAUCGAAUACAAGAGACAAAAGCGCAGAAUCAAUCAUUUAGGCAUCAUUUAAAGAUACUCAAAUGCAGUAAUAAAGAUCAUCUUAACUGGAUUGGAUAAAGUUAACGAGAACUCAAUAGAUACUGGAUUGGAGGAACUACCUCCUAAUUGCUGUAUUGUUUCAGCUGGUUUAGCUUUAGAAUCUAUAGCUAGAGUGGUGGGUGACGAUUGCAUUGAAGUGGUUUCAGAAUUUUUCGGCCCUAAGCUUGGCUCUCCUAAGUGGACUGACAGAUUUGUAGCAAUCAUUGCACUUGCCUCAAUAAUCAACCCUCCUUCCACUGAUAAGCUGCCUCAGAUGAUAAGCGAGAACUAUGACUUCUUGCUUAACAUGCUUGAUGACAACAUCGAGAGAGUGAGACAAUCAGUGGCCUAUGCAUACUAUAAGUUAGCUCAGAACAUUCCAGAGGUCAUUCUUUCUAGCCAGCACACAGCUGAUUUGUUCAUUAAUAAGUCACUGAUUCAUCUCUGUGAAGACCCAGCUAUUUCUACCCUGCUUGUCGGGGGAUUAUCGAAUCUCUAUGAAACUGCUAAUCUUAAGGAUGGUCUUGGAGAGAGACUUAUUGGUUAUACUGCCAAUGUUCUAUCCAAGAUAAUUGAACUUAUUCCUCAGGAAUAAAUUCAUAAAACUAAUCAUCUCUAGAGUGUAAUUGAUGGCAUCAACACUAUUCAAGAGAGCUGUUCACUCACUCCAGAUCUAAUGCAAUAGCUCUACGAGUUCUUGACUUUCUACUUGACAGAGCUGAGUAAGUCAACUAUCCCAGCUGAGUCUUCAUUCAAGUUCUUGAACAAAGAGCAACUAGAGAAUGUCUAAAAUGGUAUUGGUGGAAUUGUCCAGAUCUUGCUAAUCAAGCUUAGAGAAGGUGUCAAUGACGAUCUAGCUAGAAACAUUCUGGCUCUCGUUGGAAACAUCAUCCAUCAACAUGGAAAGAUGAUCUCAUGCUGUUUAUUUAUCCUUCAUGGACUAAUCGUAGCAUUUGAGGAUAAAUUUGACCAGCACAUGAAUGUAGUCAAACCAUGGCUUCUCAGUGCUAUGUCCUUCUAUGAGGAUGAAAACUCAAGCAGACAGGCUUGUGGCUUGGUGAGUGACCUAGCUAAUUACUUUGAAAAGAACAUGUGCAGAUACUCUGAUGACUUCAUGUAAGCUCUCAUUGACGUUCUAGUCUCAAAUGAGCACAGUACUGAGACUAAGGAACAUGCUAUGAUUGCAGUUGGCGACAUCUGUCUAGCCAUUGAGGACAGCUUCUCUCCCUACUUCAAUAAAAGCAUGGACUGCUUAAUGAGUGCUGCCUAACUUACUGUUAUGGAAGCUAACUACUCCACAACCAAUGAAUAGAUCAACAGACUCAAAAUAGCUAUCCUUGAUGCUCUAAUAUCUAUCAUUCACGGCAUUCACAACAACAGAAUCGAUGAAGCCUUCAAAAGAUAAAUCAAAGGAUAUGCAAUGAGUAUGUUAGAUUACAUCAACAGUUUAUUGGAUAAUAUCGAUGGCAUGCCAGAAGAGUUCUUUAAGAAUGUUUACAACCUGUAUCUAGACAUAACUUAAUAUUACGGCCAUGAAAUGAGCAAUGCUAUUCGUUAAAAUCCUGCAACUAAAAGAUUGCAAGAUGGAAUUAGCCAUGUUCAGUUUGAGGGACAUGAUGAAGUCAGUGAAAGAUUUAUGACUCUAAUGAAGCAAAUAGAAGCAAAAUGA